GUGCGUCAAUUUGAGUGACGUCACUGCAAUGCGCCCCUGCGAUACGUUGGCGUCGCCGGCUUGAUUUCCUCGGUCGAUAUAUAAGACUGAAAAUGACUGAGCAGUCACCAAAGAGAGCAAAGAUGGCUAGUGUGUUGGAUCAGCUCAAGGAUGUUACGGUCGUUGUCGCCGAUACUGGCGACUUUGAAGCUAUGAAGAAAUACAAGCCCACAGAUGCAACAACCAACCCAUCACUCAUUCUGGCAGCUGCGUCAAUGCCACAGUACCAGAGCCUCAUUGACAAAGCUGUGGAAUAUGGCAAACAGGCUGGAAAGACGGAGGAGGAGCGUCUCUCGGCCACCAUGGACCGGGUGUUUGUCCUGUUCGGAAAGGAGAUCCUCAACAUCGUGCCUGGCCGCGUCUCCAUCGAGGUGGACGCCAGGCUGUCGUUUGACAAGAAGGCCAGCAUCGCCAAGGCGCGCAAGUUCAUCUCCAUGUUCGAGAAGGAGGGCAUCAGCAAGGAGCGCAUCCUCAUCAAGCUGGCCUCGACCUGGGAGGGUAUCGAGGCGGCGCGCGAGCUGGAGCAGGAGCACGGCAUCCACUGCAACUUGACGCUGCUCUUCUCGUUCGCCCAGGCGGUGGCCUGCGCCGAGGCCGGCGUCACGCUCAUCUCGCCGUUCGUCGGACGCAUUCUGGACUGGUACGUGGCCAACACGGACAAGAAGAAGUACGAGCCGCGCGAGGACCCGGGCGUCGUCUCGGUCACCAAGAUCUACAACUACUACAAAAAGUUCGGCUACAAGACGGUCGUCAUGGGCGCCUCGUUCCGUAACACCGGUGAGAUCACGGCUCUGGCCGGCUGUGACCUGCUCACCAUCAGCCCCAAACUGCUGGAGGAGCUCUCCAACGGCACCGACAAACUCACCACACAGCUCAGCGAGGCCAUCGCCAAGAAGCAGGACCUGGACAAGAUCGACAUGGACGAGUCGACGUUCCGCUGGAUGCUCAACGAGGACCAGAUGGCCACCGACAAACUCUCCGAGGGCAUCAGGAAGUUCGCCGCCGACGCCGUCAAGCUGGAGGGCAUGCUGUCCGCCAAGCUGAAGUGAAGCGCCGCCGGCAGCUGAUGUCGCUACAUGACUGCCCUGUCCUAGUGGGGGCCGCCGCGCGAACCGCUCGCGCGCCGCGCAGCCCACUCGCGAAUCAUUCCAGAGAAAGGUUGUGGAAGUUUCUCCGCGCCGAUCCCAGAUCAACGCGUGGCCAGCAGAGAUUUUGUACUUUUAAUUUUGCGAAUUUUAUGAAGAGCUUAGAGCCAUGUUCGGUGCUGGUGAGAGUCGGUUAGAGUACAACCUUCGGAUGCGCAGGGUUGCCCGAUCGCAGAAAUAUAUUUAUCAUACUCGA